ACGUUGUGAUACCCGCGCAACUGGAAGAAACGCGCGGCUGCCGUCGCCUUUUGGACAUAACGAACAAUAUUUACACUGAAGUGAAAAGGACAGGCUGUAGGAAGAAGUCAAUAAUAAAGGUACAAAAAAAAAAAACAGUAGCGCCGCCUUUAAGAGGUGUGGGUGGACGCCAAAGGAAGUGGAGCGUCUGAGGGGAGCGGCGCAUUCACCCAAACAGAGCCGGCAGACACAAGGAGGCACAAGGGCGGGCUUGGCGCCGAAAAGUACCACGCUGGGCCGCCCCGCGGAUUGGGGGCUAUCGCUACACGAGAUGAUUCAGGUGACAGAGAGAGGCUCCAGACAGAGAGAGUCCAGAGGAGUGUUAGUGGGACAAUCCCAGGACACAAAGGAGCUUAGUCUGUUACCCUAUGGAAUUGACGUUUAAGCAGAGACCCAGUAAAGAUCAUUGUCUUACGGCACGACCCAGCUGUUGUAAAGCUUCAGCUCAAGGAAGGAUGGCUUAACAUUCCCCUGAAGAAUCUUGUAAUACACAUACGAAUUUGUAGUUUCUUCAGUGAUGGAAGAUCUUAUCGGACCAAAGUUUGCUAAGCCAUGAUUCCACUUUAGUCAAGAAUGCUGGUCAUUACUCAGGCCUACAGUGCUGACGUCAUGGUGAAGAAUGUUUCGAAAAGGCAAAAAAAGACACAGCAGCAGUAGUUCUCAAAGCAGUGAAGUGAGCACAAAAAGUAAGUCUGUUGAUUCCAGUUUUGGCGGUCUCUCCAGAUCAAGUACAGUUGCCAGCCUUGACACUGACUCCACUAAAAGUUCAGGUAACAGUGCAUCUGAUACAUGUGCUGAGUUCCGUGUGAGAUUUAUUGGAGCCAUUGAAAAGCUGCAAUUCGAAAUGUGCAGAAAGCUUUGUGAACCUCAUGAUUUGAUCAACUACAUCGAUGUAGCACAGCAAGAUGGAAAGCUGCCAUUUAUCCCGGCAGAUGAAGAGAUGAUCUUGGGAGUAUCUAAAUAUGGAGUUAAAGUUGCCUCUGUAGAUCAAUGUGAUGUGAUACAUCGGCACCCUCUCUAUCUCAUAGUGCGCAUGCUGUCCUAUGAUGAUGGACUGGGAGCUGGGAAAAAUCUUUUGGCUUUGAAAACGACCGACUCCAAACAGGAAGAAUGCAGCAUCUGGAUUUACCAAUGCAACAGUUCAGAACAAGCACAGGCAAUUUGCAAGGUGUUGUCAGCUGCUUUUGACUCCGUGCUAACAUCUGAAAAGUCUUGAUCUCGCUGAAAAAAGUAUUCUCUGAAUCAGUAUGUGCAUCACUUGUCAGCAAUGUGUAAUGGCUGGUCUGGAGUGACAGUGGCCAGCUAAGAUCUAGCGACCUCAUUUGCACUGUGAUUAAACUACAUGCAUUUUUUAUAAGAAUUUUCAAAGUAAAUGUAACUUAUUUAAUGUAAAAUACCAAAUCUAAAGUUGUAUUUGCUGUCAUGAAUUCAGGUAGGGCCUAUGCAGUAUUAAUAGGAGGCAUGAAAAUAAUGUUACAUAUUUAUUAUUACUUUUUUGAAGGAAUGAGAUGGUAACCAUUGUUAUUAGGCCAGUAGUCCAUGGCUUCACUGUGAUGAUCAUUCAGUUCAUAGGGAUGGGAAACGGGAUGAAAAUCUUUUUAUUUUACAUAUGAAUAUAGUGUUUAACUGCCCAAGUCAAGAUAUUAGAAGAUGUUUGCUGCUUAUUUUUCAAGGUACAAUAAAGAUUUUUCAGCUAAAGUACUCUA